AUGCGGCACCGCCAUGCUCGAUUGCAGCGCUUGGGAAGGCGAGCUCUGAAUCCGGCGCUUUCGUACGGCGCGGUUGUUGGCGGGCUUCUCCGCUCCCCACCACGUGGUGACUGCUUGGCCUUCACAUCGUGUGUUGCCGCGGCUGCAGGAUCGGUGGGACUUGGCGUGUCGAGGCGUUUUUCGUCCACAAAUGCCAAGCGGGAUUUGUACUCCGUGCUUGGUGUCGCGCGGAAUGCCUCGCCGGAGGAAAUUAAGUCGGCCUACAAGAGAAAGGCCAAACAGCUGCACCCUGACGUUAACCCCAACCCGCGUGCGGCGGAGGAUUUUGCGGAUGUGAAGCAGGCAUUUGACGUGCUGUCGGACCCGCAGAAGCGGAGCAUGUACGAUAUGACGGGCAACUCAGGUGCCGCAGAUAAAUUUGGCGCGGGUCCUGGUUUUAAUCCGUUUGCGCAGGCUGGUGGCGAGAAUCCCUUUGCGGGUGCCAAUCCUUUUUCUUCGGCGGCGGGGGGGCAGGGGUUUUCAUUUAACGAUUUUGAAGAAAUUUUCCAAAAGAUGAGUGGGGCGGGCAAAGACAAGGCCCGCAAACCGCAGGGACCAGAGCCUGGGGCGGAUAUUCACUUUAAGCUGCGUCUUUCCUUCCUGGAGGCGGUCAACGGAUGCAGCAAGGAGAUAUCGUAUAACACCUUCCGUCGCUGUGGCACGUGCGCGGGAAGCGGGUUUCAGGACUCGGGCGCCAAGGCGAAGUGCGUGCACUGCGGGGGACGGGGGAAAAAGGUGAUGAGUACAGGUUUUUUUCACAUGCAGCAAGAUUGCACCCACUGCGGCGGGACAGGGGAGACGGGACGUUCGUCGUGUACGCAUUGUAGCGGAAAGGGAAUCGUGAAGGACCGCAGUGUGCAAACCCUGCCUGUUCCCAAGGGCGUAGACAACAAGGAGCGCCUCAAGGUGACCGGGAAGGGUGAGGCUGGGGUGCGCAACGGGCCACCAGGCAACUUGUACGUGGAAAUUACAGUGGACGAGCAUCCAGUGUUUCACCGCGAGGGGUGUGACAUUCACGUCAUCACGCCGAUAUCGCUUGCGACGGCGGUGCUGGGAGGCACGGUGCGGGUCCCGACGCUGACGGGCGAGGUGGAGACGAAGGUGCCUGUCGGGACGCAGCAAGGCGACAAGCUCGUCCUGCGUGGCCGUGGCGUUCACCGGCCGAACCAAAACAAAACGGGCGAUUUCUUUAUUCACUUUGCCGUGAUGCUGCCUAAAUCCCUCACCGAAAGGCAGAAGAGCCUCAUCGCGGAGUUCUCCAAGGACGAGAAACCACUGGAGCUGACGGAUCCGCAGCUGCAGGAGUUGAAGAACCGCUAUAAAUCGUGGUUCUCCGCCUAG